AUGAAACUUACCGCGCGGUCUCGAACCCAAAAGACAGAUGGGGGAAGCACGAAUGGUCAGACAUCUAAUGACACGAGUAACACUCAGGACAAGGCCAAUGGACAGCCCAAUGACUUUGCCAAGGAGCACAUCACUGGCGGUUGGCGCCCCGGAAUGGACCCCAAAGUCGACUACUCCGGGCAUUUCGAAUUCGGCGGAUCUUUAGGAUGUCUUGCCCUGAUGACGGGUUUCCCGCUCUUGAUGUAUUACAUGUGGAUUGGCGCUACGUACUAUGAUGGCAAGCUACCGCUCCCCGGCAAGGACGAGUCCUGGUCGCAGUUUGCCCGUCACUUAGGCACUCUGGUCUACACGGGCGCAUUUCCACAUCUUCGAGCAUGGCGCAUCUAUUGGCUCUACUAUAUCUUCGAAGCUGCAUGCUAUCUGUUCAUGCCUGGCUUCACCUGCUACGGCAAGCCUCUCCAACAUCUUGGUGGCAAGCAGUUGAAGUACUACUGUUCCGCCUAUACGAGUUUCUACUUGACAAUUAUGGUCAUGGCUACCUUACAUGGCACAGGGCUGUUCCCCAUCUAUACAUUCCUCGACGAAUUUGGUCCGUUGCUGUCUGUUUCUAUCAUUUCGGGCUUCCUCGUGAGCAUCGUCAAUUAUGUCUCUGCAUUUGCCCGUGGAGCGCAGCACCGGAUCACCGGGUACCCAAUUUAUGACUUUUUCAUGGGUGCUGAAUUGAACCCGCGUCUUUUCGGCAUUCUGGACUUUAAAAUGUUCUACGAAGUACGGAUUCCGUGGUUCAUUCUUUUCGGACUGAGCUGUGCUGCUGCUGCCCGUCAGUACGAGCGAUAUGGAUACGUCUCUGGAGAAGUGUUGUUUCUCGUGAUGGCGCACUACACCUACGCCAAUGCCUGCUCUAAAGCUGAGCAUCUUAUUACCACAACCUGGGAUAUGUAUCAGGAGAAAUUAGGCUUCUUGUUGACGUUUUGGAACAUGGCGGGUGUUCCUAUGUCAUACUGUCACUGCACCCUCUAUCUCGCCAACCACGAACCAUCUACUUAUGCAUGGAACAAAUACGCCCUAGGCGCAUUUUUUAUCUCUUACUUAUUUGUCUAUUGGGUCUGGGAUACUGCCAACAGCCAAAAGAAUGUUUUCCGCAUGAUGGAGCGUGGAACCUGGGUCAAGCGUCAUACUUUCCCACAGCUUCCCUGGCAGGAGAUCCACAGUCCUAAGACCAUUGUGGCCGAGAAUGGCGAUACCAUCCUAGCAGAUGGGUGGUACGGCCUGGCACGCAAGGUUCACUACAGCUGCGAUAUGUUUUUCUCCCUUUCCUGGGGCUUGAUCACUGGUUUCAACAGCCCAUUCCCGUGGUUCUAUCCGGCUUUCUUCAGUAUUAUGAUCACCCAUCGUGCUAUGCGCGAUAUUAACAAGUGCCGGCAUAAGUAUGGAGAAGCGUGGAGGGAAUAUGAGAGACAAGUCCCAUACCUUUUCAUCCCGUAUGUCAUUUAA